AAUCGACGUUUCGGGCAUAAGCCCUUCUUUUGUUUCUAUCCUUGUUCCCUCCUUCUUUAUCUCCCUGUUCAGGUUCUCAUCUCAGUGAUCUCAACAAAAUUCCAUAUGGAGGUAGAUCUGACACAGAGAUAUAGCUUCUGUGUAUUCCAGGCUCUUAUUCUGUCCUUCCUGCUGAACCACUUGCUCUCAUUGUCAAUAGGGAGAAAGUGAGAACUGCAGAUGCUGGAGAUCAGAGUCUAAAAGGGUGGUGCUGGAAAAGCACAGCUGGUCAGGCAGCAUCUGAGGAGCAGGACAGUCAAUGUUUUAAGCAUAAGCUCUUCAUCAGAAUGUCAUUUUCAACAGUCCCAACAUUCUUGUCCCUAUGUCAUCUACCUUCCUUGCAGUCAGCUUAUUUUAACAUUAUCCUUGUAGCUGUCCCUCACUUUUCUUCCCUUAUAAUGCCAGGAAUGUGAUGCCACUAUACUGGCUGAGUGAUGAUUGCACACUGUGCCCAGAAUCUGUGCAGUUCCAAGCGCACCUGCCGAAUAAUAUUCAAUAUUCUCUCUUUGCCACUGAAACAUUUGAGGCUCGAGUAUAAUUCCCUGGGACAGGCAAACUGGCUUCCCACUUUCUACCGAUCUCCUUGUCAAUUCCAAAUGUGUGUCUGGUGCAUCCCCUGAAACUAGCUUUUAAAUAAUAUUUGUAAGUUCCAUAAUUGGACUGAACGGAGAGUGCAACAGGUUCGUGAUCUUUGCCUCUGCCACCCUUGGUCAACAUAGCUGGCACUGGGAAUGAUGUCAGGGAAUGCUACUCUGGCUGGCACAAGUGUUUGGUUAGCACGACUUUUAUAUUCUAUUACUGCCUCCCUUGGUCAAUACCUUUCCUCUUUUGCUGAAUUCUAAGCUACUACCUAAAAUAAAUUUAUUUUGUAAAUAUUUGUGAGCCCUGUCUCUGAUCUGACCUUUUGGGGGAAAAUGAGGGGUAAUAGGAGAUUGAUGGGUAGGAUUGGGAGGAGCAGGAAACCUGCUUUGGGGUGUGAAAAGAAGGAGACAGGAUAGGCAGGGUAAGGGGGAUGGAGGGGAAUCAACAUGGAAAUGAUUUUCCACCUUGUCUUCUUCUAUUAUUUGGAUCACAUUUUCUUCCUGUUAGAUAUAGAUGCUGUUCUCUAACAAUUAAAUCUGGAUCACACUCUGUUUAAAAUUAGAUUUGAGUCACAUUUUCUCUGAUGUGCAUAAACUGUUCUCUGACAAUUAAAUCUGGAUCACACUCUGUUUAAAAUUAGAUCUGAGUCACAUUGUCUCUGAUGUGCAUAAACAGGCUCCGUAUUGUUCCAAGCCUGAAACAGUUAAUCUUCAGCUAGAGUGAGUCAUGGAAGUGAAACUCAUAUUGUUACUCUUACACCAAGUGAUUAUAAGAAUUUUACUUGUUGCUUUUACUCCUCGGUCUCUCUGCUGUUGUGUGAAACCUCUUCAGCUGCGUUACCAAUGGAUCCUGGAGUUUUACAGGAUGAAUUAACCUGUAGUAUGUGUCUCCGGGUGUACCAGGACCCUGUGACAUUACCCUGUCAGCAUAGUUUCUGUUUAAAUUGUAUUGAGAGAGCGUGGGCCCAGACAGCAGGGCCAAAAAAUUUUGAGUGUCCUCAGUGUCACCGGAAAUUCAAGCACAAGCCCACUUUGGAGAGAAAUGCCACACUGUAUAGUAUAGUGGCAGUAUACAACCAGAAAAGUUCCCCUGCUCAUUCACCCAAUAUAUUUUGUGAUAACUGUGAUGAUAAACCAUUCCAAGCUGUGAAAACAUGCCUUACUUGUUUUGCUUCCUUUUGCUUCCUUCAUUUAAAACCACAUUUGCGGAACAAGGCCUACCAAGAUCACAUGCUCAUUGUACCUGGGACUAAAGACGUUACAAUGAGACAAUGUAAUGAACAUAAGAAGAUCCUCGAGUUUUACUGUGAAGAUGAAGGUCUGUGCAUAUGUGUUUCCUGUACAAUAAUAGGGAAACAUAAAUCCCACACACUGCUGAGCCUGGAUCAGGCACAAGCAACAAUUAAGGUUGAAUUGGAGGCAGAAAUUGAGAAGCUACAGACAGAACAGGAAAUUUAUUCCAGAAAACAGCGAGAUUUGGAGACUUCAGAAACUGACACUAAGACACAGAUCAAUGACCUGAAAGAAAAUCUACUGAAGAGCUUCUCUGAAUGGAGGAGAAAGCUGGAAGAAGAUGAAGCAUCUACCAUGUCACUGAUUGAUGAGGAGGGUCACCAAGCUCUCUCACGGAUUAGAAGCUGUUGUGAAGCAUUAAAGAAGAGGACAGAUCUGCUAAAAUUAAUAGAUAGGGAAACCCAGAAUCUGGUACGAAGGGACCAUCUCUCCUUUAUUCAGAACUCAAGGCAACUCAUUUCCAGAGUGACUGACACUCGGAGGAUCACAAAACUAAAUGUUACAGAACUAACUCUGAACCUGCCCAGUAUUUCUCAAUUUAUCCAGGAGAGGCUGAAUGGAUGGGAAAAGUACCAGUCAGACAUUUUGCGAAUUGUUGAUUCCACUGAAUACGUGAAACCAUCAAAUGUAACCGACUUCACAUACAGACCCUCUGAAGAAACUCCUGUCCCUGAGGAUCUCCCCCAGCCAUCAUUUGAAAUCAGCAAGAAAGCAGAAACAUCCCAAGAUUCCACUGAAUAUAUGAAACCAUCAAAUGUAACCGACUUCACAUACAGAUCCUCUGAAGAAUCUCCUGUCCCUGAGAAACUCCCCCAGCCGUCAUUCGAAACCAGCAAGAAAGCAGAAACAUCCCAAGAUUCCACCAAAUAUAGAGAGACAUUGAGCGCAACUCACCCCCUAGAGGGUUCUUCUGGAGCAGUCUCUGUUGUGGAAAAUGUCCUCCAGCUACCAACUGAUAUCAACAGAAGAGCAGGAUCAUCCCAAGGGAAAAGCUCAUUAACCCUGGAUCCAAUGACAGCAAACUACAAUUUGGUUCUGUCUGAUGAUCUGAGAUCAGUAACAUGGACGAAAACUGAACAGCCCUACCCACAUCACCCAGAGAGGUUUAAAGAUUGUCCUCAAAUCCUCUGCUCCCAGAGCUUCUCCUCAGGAUCCCAUUCCUGGGAUGUGGAGACUGAUGGGGAUUAUUGGAGAGUAGGGAUUGUGUAUGAGAGCAUAGAGAGAGAGGGGAAAAUGUCUUAUCUUGGAAACAGCUAUAAGUCCUGGAGUUUGGAUUUUAUUGCUGGUUAUGUCACAGCCCGGCAUAACUCUCAGUUCAUAGUCCUUCCAUUGCUUCCGUCUGCAAACAGGAUCCGAGUUCAUUUAGACUAUGAGGCUGGGACUUUGUCAUUUUUCCAGGUCACUGACUCACUGAAACAUUUAUACACCUUUCAAUCCACAUUCACUGAACCUGUGUUUCCAGCAUUUUAUAGUUGGGACAAAUCCCUAAAAUUGUUAACUCAUCCUGACAUCUGAGACACUGUGUCAAGAUUUGAGGUUUCAGCAAAUUCGGUGAUAUAAUUUCCAGUUUUGUAGCAUAUUGAGUUUUGCAUAUUCAGUCAAAAGCACCUCUUUUGCACCAACAUGGAUGGGGUCCUUUUGUGCUCAAAUUGGAAUGAAUAGUCAUUAUCAAACACAUCACACAUGAAACUUAACCUGUUGAAUUCUAAUUGAUUUUAUGGUUGUCUUCAAAGACAAAGAAUAGACCCGUUUCUGUGUACAUCUCAAGCAUAUGUUAAAUUAUCAGUAACAGUUAUUAUUGUAUCUUGACAAUUACUGGUAAUAAUAGCUAUUAUUCUACACUUAAAAUGCUGUGAAAACCAAUAAAUAUCUAUGA